AUGCCAGUUUACCACCUUCUUUUUGUGUGUGUUUCUUUUUCUCUUUCAGUGCCACCUUGGGCCUUAAUAGCCAUAGCCAUAGUUGCAGUCCUAUUAAUCCUUACCUGCUGCUUUUGUCUCUGUAAGAAAUGCUUGUUCAAAAAGAAGAACAAGAAGAAGGGAAAGGAGAAGGGAGGGAAGAAUGCUAUUAACAUGAAAGAUGUUAAAGAUUUAGGGAAAACCAUGAAAGACCAGGCUCUUAAGGAUGAUGAUGCAGAGACUGGGCUGACUGAUGGGGAAGAGAAAGAAGAACCCAAAGAAGUGGAAAAACUAGGGAAAAUCCAGUAUUCUUUGGAUUAUGACUUCCAGAACAAUCAGCUUCUGGUUGGGAUUAUUCAAGCAGCUGAGCUGCCUGCAUUAGAUAUGGGUGGUACAUCUGAUCCCUAUGUGAAAGUUUUCCUGCUGCCUGAUAAGAAGAAGAAAUAUGAGACAAAAGUCCACAGAAAGACCCUUAACCCUGUUUUCAAUGAGCAAUUUACAUUCAAGGUGCCAUACUCCGAGCUGGGUGGAAAAACUUUAGUGAUGGCAGUUUAUGACUUUGAUCGUUUCUCCAAACAUGAUAUCAUUGGGGAAUAUAAGGUUGCGAUGAAUACAGUGGACUUUGGUCACGUCACUGAGGAGUGGAGGGAUUUGCAAAGUGCAGAGAAGGAAGAGCAAGAAAAACUGGGUGAUAUCUGCUUCUCCCUCCGUUAUGUCCCUACUGCUGGCAAACUGACUGUCGUCAUUCUGGAGGCAAAGAACCUGAAGAAGAUGGAUGUCGGUGGACUAUCAGAUCCCUAUGUGAAGAUCCAUCUGAUGCAGAAUGGUAAGAGGCUGAAGAAGAAAAAGACUACAAUUAAAAAGAACACUCUGAAUCCCUACUACAAUGAGUCUUUCAGCUUUGAAGUACCAUUUGAGCAAAUUCAGAAAGUGCAAAUUGUUGUGACUGUUUUGGACUAUGACAAGAUUGGCAAGAACGAUGCCAUCGGGAAAGUCUUUGUGGGCUACAACAGCACCGGAGCGGAGCUGCGGCAUUGGUCAGACAUGCUGGCCAACCCCCGGCGGCCCAUUGCACAGUGGCACACCUUACAGCCCGAGGAGGAGGUAGAUGCCAUGCUGGCAGUCAAGAAGUAAAUUCAAUUCAAUUAGAUGAGGAAGAAGAAAAAGAAGAAGAAGCCUUUCUGAAUUUGCCCACAUAGUGCUCUUUAGCCAGUAUCUGUAAAUACCUCAGUAAUAUGGGUCCUUUCAUUUCCAGCCAUGUGUUACUCACACAGAUCAGCUGUACUUUUAAAUUCCUGUUUUAAUUUGCACAAAUUUAAAUGUAGAGAGCCCUCUAAAGGCGUUUCAUUUCACCACUGCCCCCCAGAUCUACUCUUCUUUUAAGCAAUAUGAUGUGUAGAUAGAGCAUGACAGAAAUUAUUUAUUGUAUCACACAGUUGUAUAUAUACACCAGUAUGCUGAGAAUUUAUUUCUAGUUUGUGUAUUUGUAUGUUGUAAGCGUUUCCUAAUCUGUGUAUAUCUAGAUGUUUUUAAUAAGAUGUUCUAUUUUAAAUUAUGUAAAUUGACUGAGAUAUAGGAGAGCUGAUAAUAUAUUAUAGGGUAACUAUUGUAUCGUCUGCAUUCCAGAAAAAAAAAAUCCAACUUGUAAGGCACUAGUAGUGUUACACUGACAUCUUAAAGGACAACUUAAAUCUGAGCUUUCCACUGGACCAUCUUAAUAACGCGCUACGCGUCCGCAGUGAAUCUUGGAGGGGUAAAAACAACUGGGUAGACUUCUUUCAUGGGCAACUUAGCAUGAUCUGAGCAGCUCCAUGGCUGACCUCAAGGAGACGUAGCCAGAAGCCAGGAUAUAAUUUUCUUGUAUAUAUUCCAAAGCAAACAACGUAACAGACUGAAAUGGCUUUAGAUUGAAAGUUGAGGAAGCAGUUCCAUAGGAGGCAACGAUUUCAUCUAACCUACGAAGACCACUGCAGAGGUUGUGCAGGGAGGGGAGGAAGGGCGGGGGGAGACGCAGCAGCAGCAGCUAAACGCUGCUGUGAAAACAAGAGUAGCUCUCCGUUAUCACCUUUAUACAAAAUUUGCAUACUGUGAAUUCCAUCCACGAUUUCACAUUAUAAUGAGUUUGCACAUUAGACUUUGUAACAAAAUAUUUUAUUAUACUAACUCAGAUUAGAAGGAAUGCAGAAUAUUUUUUAGACACAGCCGUGUGAGUUUAUUAUACAAAAUAGUUUCAUGGUAAACAGACAGUAUUGUAAUCCCAUCAGAAGAUGACAAAAUUUAGCCAUAGUUCUAAAUGCACUUCAAAGUAAGCCAAAAGAGAACAGCUAGUGACCUUUUAUAUACUAUUUAUACUUAAGUUUUAAUUUGUCCUUU